CUAUGGAGGCGUCUCAGCAUUCCUUGUAGACGUUCGCAGUCCCAUCAUCGACCCGACCGAAAGUGGAGGCGUAAGAGCAUACGAUGGUAAAGAGGCCCUCAGAGGGCGAAGGACGCAGCCUGGCGAUUAGAACCGACGUGAGAGGAAAGGGAGUCGCCUUUGCUAGCCAUGACGGCAUCGCUUCGAUACCAGCGCACGGCGAGCGCAACGCCUCGGUGAUUUCACAGUCCGACGACGACCAGGUGAAUACGCUACUCUCGGCUUCUUCACUGGGAAACACAGACACGAUUUCUUCGUCGGGCAUCUCGGGCCAUUCGACGGCCAUGACGUCUGCUACGACAUACGACGACCGACCCAGCGCCUCGAGUCCGACCGCCUCAUCACCGUACGCGCACCCUAGCCUCACCCUCCUCGAACUCGUCUCCAAUAGCGCCUCGUCGUCUGCAUUGCCAGAUAGCUUUGACGUUAGUGUGUCACGGCGGGGGUGCUAUGUGGCAGUAUACUCGGCAUCCAACAUAUGGCUCAUCAAGACGGUGCAGCUGCCGCGGCUAUGGGCGAGGACAUUGCAGAUCAAGCGCAAGCCUGUAGCAAUCGAUGUGACCGACGACGGGUCUCUACUGGCGGUGUUGUCUAGGCCGUCGCAGGUUGACGUGUACGAGAUCCAUGGCGAGGGACACAAUCAGAUCAAGAAGAGACGGACUAUCAUGAUGGUGCACGAGGCGAGCUCCAUCGUCAUUUCGCCCGAUGCGCGCAUCCUCAUCACAGGGAACAAAUUCGGCAUCGAAGUGGUUGCCAUUGGCCCAGGCAUACCUGAGACAGCCAGACGCACCCUCUCUGGGCCCGCAGGCGAUGCCCUGGAGUUCUCAGACGAUGGCAGAACGCUGCUCAUCACUGGCUAUGCACGCAAAUCGGACGGAUCAGCCCUGUUUGUCCUACCCGGUCUCUAUGAUGGCCCACUCACCGAAGAGGGCGAACCAAUACCUCAACCACCAGAAGCAGCGUGGACGGGGUCGGUGCUCUUUCCUGAAACGGCGAGGAUAGCACGUCAAGCCACGCUCCUCCCAGAUGCAGAUACCGGGACAUUCAACGAGCUAUUUGCUUUCAACGCAGAGGAAGACUCCUGGGGUAUCUACGACAUUGCGUGUCAACGCUUCACGCAGAGAAAAAUGUUUCUUCCCGACCACCAGCGAUGGACGCGCUCAGAGUUUGUCGACGAUGCCAUGCCUGCUGUAUCUCCAAACGUUGAUCUAGCGGCUGUUGCUCUGCGGAUGCGCGGCACGACCAAUAUCUGGAUCUACGAGGUCCCAGGCUGGGAUUACAAGCCGAGCGAGAAGGCGCAGCUGCAGGAGCCUAUCCAGCCCUGCUUCUGCAUCCCCAUCCCGAAGGAUGAUGCGGGGACGCUCCAGGAGAUCUGCGUCUUGCGAUGGGUCAGGCUCAAUGCGAACAUCCAGCGGCUUGUGGCUGUUGGAAACUCCAGCAUACUGCCUGGUGAGAGCGAUGUGCCUGGCGUACCCCUGGGUUCAAAAGGCGUUCUCAUUGUGCUUGACUUUGAUAAGCGCAAGCCUCCAGGGAGUCCCGCACCGACGCCGUUAAAAACAGAGUAUGACCUGGACCCUCUAUGUCCCGGCGAGAUGCUACCUGAAGGUUCGUUUGACUUCGAGCGAGAAGUGGAGUUGGUGCGGACUAGAACGCUGGCCCAGCGACGAGCUCAAGAUCGAAGCGAUGAUUCGCGACGACAAUCGCGAAUUGGCUCGACCCCAGUCCAGCGAGCUCGUACCACAGCAAACCGAGCACCGAUACGACCUCCACUCCCCACAGAGGAUUCGGAGGAAUUGACUGCGGAAGAAGCACAGGCAGCCUUCGAGGUGCCUUAUGACAACCAGCAGCCCAGGUCGCAGAUGUCGUUGGCUAGAGCUGCCACGGUAGCCGCCGUCUCUCCCGCUAAUCGUCGACACCUUCGAGCGCUGCCCUUCCGACCCCUUGAGUAUCGUCGCGCCGAUGGCCAGCGUGAACUUCCUCACGAGAGCGACGCUGACAACUGGGUGCCACCUCCGCCGGCCUAUACAGCGACUGCAGCGGCGGCGGCAAGUGUCAGCCUCAGCCAUCCAGAUGUGCCACCUGUCCCGCGACUACCUCGGGGCUCUACGGCGUCCUCCAUCCCGCCUGUGCCUAGCAUGUCUGCGACCAUCAACCCUUCGCAAUUAUCACCCUCGAACCCGUAUCAACAUAGACAGCCGUCGAUAUCCUCCAUCAACCUGUCUUCACCGCCACAGCAACCACAGGAGCGUCGCCCGUCCCUGCUCCAUCCCUCUACAUACCCAAAUCCACAGUCCUCUGGUUCGGUACGCCGACGUAGCUCAGCUGCACAAUCCCCGCCUCAGAUGUCGUACAUGGCAUCACCCCAGUUCCAGAACCCCCAACUACCACCACAUCCUCAUGCAAAUGCUACACGCCGGCCUUCUCUCCGCGCCCGCAGAGUGGUAGAAAGCACGGUCGAUCUUCGCGCGCCGCCACUCGUCAAUCCAGACUCGGGUCGCCGCGACUCCGCGCCCAACGUCGCAGUGCAGCGGCGCCACGUCCCGCUAUUCAGCUCCCCGACAAUGGACCGGACGAGCGUCCCCCAGGGCCCUCAAGGCGCGCCCGCCAACGCGUAUCCCAACCCGAGUCAGAGGAGAGGUAUCCUGCCCAGAUUAGUCCAGCCUGAGCAGCAGACUGGCCAACGGCUCCCUAUGAGCGCACCGCCGCGGACAGACUCCCUUGGACCAAGUUAUGGCUACGGGCCGCCACAGGCCCAAAUGCAGAGACAGGCGCAAUCUCAAGUGUACUCGCACCCGCAGUCACAGUCGCAGAUGGACCUGCCCAGCGGGCGAGCGUCGAGGACACCAUAUGUGCAGAGCGGGCGGGCGUCGCGGAUGACUACGGGACGAGACACGCCUGCUCCGUCUGAGAAGAAGGCGGGGAAGAAGAUACUCCAGUGCGUUGUUAUGUGAGCUACAUGUGAAAUGUGAGAUGAUUUGAAAUGUUUUUUUUUUUUGCGUUCUAGCAGUUAUGAAAAAUGGAUUUACAAUAUACCCUAUCCUCGGCGUCUUGGGG